UCUUCUUUUCCUGUGUUGCUGUCCUUCGUUCUGAAGGUCUGAAUGUUACAAAACUCUGUUUGAAAGGAAUCUUAAGUGAGAAACAGCUCAACUACGAUAGUCUAUGAUAUGAAAGAGUAUUGGACGGGAUUUCUGUUUAAUCCGGAGUAUUCAAAAGGAUUCAAGGGAAACAAGUAUCAAAGCACUUCAUCGAUUUCCUGCUUUUGUUUUAAUCCGAUCUGUACUACCUGUAUCAGGGGGAUUUACAUGCUGCUCUUACUUAGGGAAAUGAAAGUACGGGCUGCGAUAUUACCAUCUGCAAACUGUAGAAACAAAACUAACUACCUCAGUAAAGUCUGAUGUUGAUAACGAUUUAUUACCUAAAACAUAUUACGGAAUCCUGACGGCUAGAGGAUGAACUGAAGGUUAAAAAUUUAUUAUAAACCUUCUGAGAGUGCUGGACCAUUCGCUGUCCGAUGUGUCCCCAACUGUUGAGCUCAGCUGAAGAUAUAUUGUAACCAUCAUGAUCUAGAAAGUGUAUGCUCAGCAGAUACUAAUUUUGACAAAGAGCAGAAAGUUCUCCUGAGUCCUGACAGGACAGAAACAGAUGCUCCACUUCUGUCUGCAUAUCCAGAGGAAGACAACAAGGUAGAAGAGGCUAUUAUUCCUGAAGACGGGUUAACAGAUACUAUGCUGUAUGAUUGAUGCUCUUCUCCUGCAGGUACUUAGGAAACUUUCUGCAGCAUGAUGCAGCAGAAUCAUGGGGUUGAGCUGGAGAAACUAGUACGUGAUGAAUCCUUCAAAUGCAGAACCUCGUCUUCUUCCUCACAAAGUCUCCUGGAACUUCCAAAUGUCCCCACCUCCCACUCCUCAAAACCUCGCCUUCCACCCCUCAGUGUACACAGACAAAUAUCAGGAGUAGUAAACCCUAGCUUUGUCAAGGAGGACUGGUCACCCAUCCAUCACACAGAACCACCAGUCAGUCCUCAUCCUGAGGUCAACGUCGAAGAUGUGGAUUCUGAAGCAGAUUCUGCUAGUCCUCAAAAAACAGAUGUGGUGUCAGCAAUGUCACAGCCUCCAUCACCACACAAGACCAAGACCCUCACUGUGCCAGGUGUCUCUGCAGCUACAAAAAGGAAAAGGCUGCACUCACAAGAGGACAGCAUUGAGGAAGCAGUGACCCAGACUCCCACUCACUCUCUGAUAAAAGCAUGGCCAAGUCAAGACAAGCUGGAGGUAGAAGGCAGUUUACGGGAGCGUGCAAGCUCUGUGAGUAGCCAGAGUAGCAUUGUGGUGAAUGAACGUUUACAGGAACUUGUGAAGCUCUUCAAGGACAGAACAGAAAAAGUGAAAGAGAAGCUGAUUGACCCAGAUGCUUCAACUGAUGAGGAGAGCCCUUCUGCAUCUCCUUCAAAGAAGGCACCGAUUCCUGUUCCUCCUCCUCCUCCUCCUCCACCAGAAGAGCCUAAGGAAUCAAAGCUAAAGCCAGAAGAUGAAGAGCAUUACUGUGAGAUGCUUUGCUGCAAAUUCAAGACUAGACCUUGGCUGCGACGUUUAAAGGAGAUCAAGUUUCCCUCCAGCAUUGACCCCUUCAGUAAUUUCUACUACGUUCUCUGGCUAUUUUUUGUAACUGUGGCCUGGAACUGGAACUGCUGGUUAAUCCCAGUUCGUUGUACCUUCCCAUACCAGACACCUGAUAACAUCAUGUACUGGCUCUUAAUGGACUAUAUCUGUGACCUAAUUUACAUCUUGGACAUGACUGUGGUUCAAGCCCGCCUCCAGUUUGUUCGUGGUGGUGACAUCAUUACCAAUAAAAAGGAAAUGCGGGAAAACUACGUAAAAUCCUUCCGAUUCAAGAUGGAUCUGAUCUCUCUUAUCCCUUUGGAUUUCUUGUAUUUCCAGUUGGGGGUGAAUGCUGCUCUGCGUUUCCCAAGAUGCCUAAAGUACAUGUCUUUCUUUGAGUUUAAUGACCGACUUGAAACAAUUUUGAGCAAAGCAUAUAUCUACAGAGUUAUAAGGACAACUGGAUAUUUGCUGUACUCUCUGCAUUUGAAUGCCUGCAUGUAUUACUGGGCAUCUGCUUAUGAGGGGCUUUCAUCUACCCACUGGGUGUAUGAUGGCCAGGGAAACAGUUACAUCAGGUGCUACUACUGGGCUGUGAAAACUUUGAUUACAAUUGGAGGACUGCCAGAUCCCCAGACGCUGUUUGAGAUUGUGUUCCAUCUGUUGAACUACUUCACUGGGGUCUUUGCAUUCUCAGUUAUGAUUGGACAGAUGAGGGAUGUUGUUGGAGCCGCUACAGCUGGGCAGACCUAUUAUCGAAACAGCAUGGACAAUACUAUCAAAUACAUGAGCUUAUACAGAAUUCCAAAGUAUGUCCAGAACAGGGUGAAGACCUGGUAUGAGUACACAUGGCAGUCCCAGGGAAUGCUUGAUGAGUCCGAGCUGAUGAAACAGCUACCAGACAAAAUGAGACUGGAUAUUGCCGUAGAUGUCAAUUACAGUAUAGUCAAAAAUGUUCCACUCUUUCAGGGCUGUGACAGGCAGAUGAUUUAUGAUAUGCUGCAGCGGCUAAAAUCAGUUGUGUAUCUCCCGGGUGACUUUGUUUGCAAGAAGGGCGAGAUUGGAAGAGAGAUGUACAUCAUAAAAGCAGGACAGGUUCAAGUUCUUGGUGGCCCAGAUGGAAAAACAGUGUUAGUGACUCUGAAGGCUGGAUCAGUGUUUGGAGAAAUCAGUUUACUGGCAGUGGGAGGUGGAAAUCGCAGAACUGCUAAUGUCGUAGCACAUGGCUUCACCAAUCUCUUCAUCUUGGACAAGAAAGAUCUGAAUGACAUUUUGGUUCACUACCCUGAAUCUCAGAAGUUGCUAAGGAAGAAAGCCAGGAAAAUGCUGACUAAGGACAAGAAGCCAACAGAGCACAAGGAGGCGCAGAAAGGACUAAAGCAUAUAAUUCCUCCAAGACCAGAGACCCCCAAACUCUUAAAAGCUACCUUAGCUGCUACAGAAAAACUAGGAUUUAAAGGUUCAAUGGCCAGGUUUAAACUAAGGCCUCACCGGUUCAGCUUUGUUCAGACAUCCAGCUCAGUGCUUGUGCCUCCUGCUUCUCCAGUUCAUCAGCGCUCACCUGUUGCAUCCUCAAGGCUGGAAGAAGAAGAAGAAGAAGAUGAUGAAGAUGUUGUCUCCGAGUCCUCUGAUAAUUCAGUGUUUAUCCGGAUGAGCCCUGGACCUAGCAGUCAAGAACAGGUGCUGUCUGUAGAGGUUCCUAUUGCAGAAGAGAAGAGUCAAAAGAAAUAGCCACAGAGUGAGAUAAUACCACCGUCACCCCAUUCCUCAAGCAUUUGUACCUUUACUUUGUUAUGUAAUUAUUAGCUAUCAUCUAUGCAUGCUGUGUGCACUCCAUUGCAUCAGACAGAAAGAGGAGUACACCAAAAUUAGUCAUGUAAUGUAUUUUUUUAUUUUAUUUAUACUUGUUGGUUGGGGUAGAACACUGAUCAAUGUUGACCUUUUUCAGGCUCAGUUCCAAUAUGAAAACACAGAAUAAUGCCAUAGUAGAAAUAUAUAAUGUAUAUAAUGCAUUUUACAACUGAAAAAGAGCAAACAGAGGAUGCAAACAUAAAAUAGUUUAAAAGAGAUAUGUAAAAAUGCAAUGGCUAUACAGUGAUAUAGAGAUAUUUACAAUACAUUUACAAAUACAUAAGAUAAAAAUAUUAAAAAUUAAGAAAGAUAAAAUAAGCAUAUAGCUGUGGAAGAGGCUAUAUUUAUCAAAGGACAAUGAAGGACUGACAAAGAUUAAAGGGUAGGAGAGAAACUCUAAUGGUACUUUUGAUUCAAGGUUGUUUAUUUAAACCAUCCCCCACUCUGGAAUCAUAGAUAAACUUACUAAGCUGGGCAUUAAUCCCUAC